AUGAGUGUUUGUUGCCUGACGAGAUGGGCUUGUAGCUGUCCAGUCGGCAGCAGCGACAGGGGUCGGAUUCUCGUGGAUAUUCCUUGCAAAGUUUGUCAAGAUCAUUCCUCGGGCAAACAUUAUGGGAUAUACGCCUGCGAUGGGUGCGCAGGAUUUUUUAAGAGAUCUAUCAGACGUAAUCGACAAUACAUAUGCAAAUCUAGAGGCCAGGGGUCAUGCCCGGUCGAUAAAACUCACAGGAACCAGUGCAGGGCAUGCCGCUUGAAGAAAUGUGUGGAAGCGGGGAUGAACAAAGACGCUGUUCAACACGAAAGAGGCCCUAGAAAUUCCACUAUUCGGCGCCAGGUGGCCAUGUACCUAAAAGAGUCUUCGGAGUACGGUGGAGUCUUAGCUGCUGGACCGUUCAGACCUCCAUUUUUUCCGUCUUCAUAUGUGAGCUACGAUUCGCUAACAGAUGGUGUCACCGUGACAGCCGUUGAACCGCCCACAUCGAUAGCCACGCCCCCGGCAGGAGUUCUCAUGCAUCUUGUUCCUAAGUACCCACAGGAGAUGCUGCCCAACUACCCCAGCAGCCCUGACGCCAUCUGCGAGGCAGCCGCUCGGCUUUUAUUCAUGAGCAUCAAAUGGACCAAGACGGUGCCAGCAUUCGUGGCGCUGCCUUUCAGGGACCAGGUGCUGCUUCUGGAGGAGAGCUGGCGGGAGCUCUUCGUGCUUGGCGCAGCCCAGUUCCAGAUCCCACUUGAAGCCGGGCCUUUGUUAGCGGCAGCAGGAAUGACCAUUGACCAGAACGCCACAGACACAGUGCUGACCAUGAUGAGUGAGAUUCGGGCCCUCCAAGAGACCAUCGCAAAGUUCAAGGUCCUUCAAGUUGACCCUACGGAGUACGUCUGUCUCAAGGGCAUCGUUUUAUUUAAAACAGUAUUCGCCAAUAGCUCCGGAGAGAUGAAGACCUUAAGGGAGUUCCACUCGGUGGCCACGUUACAGGACCAGGCACAGCUGACCCUCAACCAAUACAUUAAGGACGGCCUACCCCACACAACCUUUCAGGUAAGUCCACCAAAACAAAUAAAAGAAGUGCAAAAGAUGGGGACGAGAAAAGAUAGGAAAUUGUUCGGCAAGUUGUUGCUACUUCUGCCGUCCUUGCGUGUGGUCAGUGGCAUGACCAUCGAAGAGCUCUUCUUCCGGAAAACAAUCGGCAAUAUCCCCAUAGAACGGCUACUGGUGGACAUGUUUAAAUCUGGUGACUUUUGA